AUUCAGAUUCAGUCGAUGAGUUUCUCUCGCUUCUGCGCGUUGCGUUUCGCAGUGUUUCCGCGAUUUUUUCUUUGUCAUCAUCGCUCGUGCGCCCCUCCCGCUUUCAACUUUUGUACGGUGUUCGCUUUGUCGGUGCUUUCAAUUGCCAGUGAAGUGAAAAUAAAAGUUGGGAAUAAACCAGACGUUCAAAAACAAAAACAAAAACAAAGGUUUUUCUGUUCAAGAAACGAUACUUUCACAGUUGCAGAUAAUAAAUACUUAAUUCAAGGUUAAUCAUAGUUAGACUAUCAUUAUAACAACAAGCAAUCGUUAAAGUAUCAGCACCAGUGGCAGUGACAUCAGAGUCUAAAUCCAGAAGCACAGAACAGCACAGCAGUCAUCUAUGUGCAUAUGUACAUAUGUACGAGUGUCUAAGAUUGCGUGUCCUUUGCGAACCGGGAACCCUAUAAGCUGGCUGCAUGAAAAACAUAACCAGCUCGAGCACCUGCAGCACAGGGCUGCUGCAAUUGCAGAACAAUCUGAACAGCAGCGAAUUGGAUAUUGUUGGCAAAUCAGAAACAGUCGGACCCGGCACCAUACCAUCUCCGUGGACCCCAGUGAAUGCCGGUCCUCCAGGUGCACUAGGAUCGGCAGACACAAAUGGCAGCAUGGUGGAUAGUAAAAACUUGGAUGUUGGUGAUAUGAGCGAUGAUGAAAAGGAUUUAUCGUCCGCUGAUGCAGAGGGUGUUUGGAGUCCAGAUAUUGAACAGAGCUUUCAAGAGGCAUUAUCUAUAUAUCCACCAUGUGGACGUAGAAAAAUUAUUUUGUCAGAUGAGGGAAAAAUGUAUGGUCGCAACGAGCUUAUAGCAAGGUACAUAAAACUGCGCACUGGCAAGACGAGAACCCGCAAGCAAGUCAGCUCCCAUAUCCAAGUGCUCGCCAGGCGGAAGCUGCGAGAAAUUCAGGCGAAAAUCAAAGUCGAACCCAAUGGUGUGUCCUUGCAUUUAUUGAAUGACAAAGAACAGACUCUGCAAGUCAUGAGCACAAUGACUAGUUCACAAAUCGUAUCUGCCCAAGCAGCCAAUAAUCUGGCACUGGCUGCCUCAGCGCUGUCCGUGGGCAUGCACCAUACGAAGCAUCACCCACAUCAUCCCGCUCACCACCACCAGAUGAGUGUAGCCGCCGCAGCAGCAGUAGCUGCAGCAGCAGCAACGGCAGCAGGUUCUGCUGCUGGGCCAUGUCCUUCGACGACAGUCACAGGGCCGCCGCUAAAUACGUCGUCUUCAUCUCAGAACUAUGUCCACUCUCGCCACAAUCAUACCCAUCACAAUCUUGCACACCUUCCGCAUAGUCAUAUGCAUCCCCAUCACCAUCAUCAUCGAAAUGCAGCGGCCGUUGCAGCAGUGUAUCACUAUCAGCAGCAGCAGCAGCAGCAGCAGCAACAACAGCAGCAGCAGCAGCAGCAGCAAAGUGGUGGUCCAAGCGAAACUGAUGCAGACGCAGGGUCACCGAUUCUUGAUGUCUCAAUCACUAGUCAGGUGCUGGCACCAAAGCCGUCCCAGCCGUUACACCAUUCGCCGUUGUAUCCGGGCCAAUUUUGGCAGCCUGGCUUGCAGCCUAGCACAUCGCAAGAUUUCUAUGAUUACAGCAUCAAGCCGUUUGCGCAGCCACCAUAUCCGACGGGUAAGCCAUCAACGGCCGUGUCCGGAGAAAUCGAAUCUGGUAUUCCUUCCGCACAAUUGCCAUGGGAGGGUCGCGCCAUUGCUACGCACAAAUUCCGCUUACUUGAGUUCACUGCGUUCAUGGAAAUCCAAAGGGAUGACAUGUUAACAUCGCAGUAUAACCGCCACCUUUUCGUGCAACUCGGCGGCAAGCCAUCAUUCUCCGAUCCGCUACUUGAGACUGUUGAUAUCCGACAAAUAUUUGACAAGUUUCCGGAAAAGUCUGGCGGUCUGAAAGAUCUCUACGAAAAGGGUCCGCAAAAUGCGUUUUACCUGGUAAAAUGCUGGGCUGACUUAAAUACCGACAUAACGACAGGCAGCGAAUCGGGUGAUUUUUAUGGCGUAACGAGCCAAUAUGAAAGCAAUGAGAACAUCGUACUUGUGUGCUCGACAAUUGUUUGCUCCUUCGGCAAGCAAGUUGUGGAAAAGGUUGAGAGCGAGUACUCGCGCCUGGAAAACAAUCGCUACGUGUAUCGCAUACAGCGCUCACCCAUGUGCGAGUACAUGAUUAAUUUCAUACAGAAGCUGAAAAAUUUACCCGAACGCUAUAUGAUGAACAGUGUGCUAGAGAACUUUACAAUAUUACAAGUAAUGCGAGCGCGAGAGACGCAAGAGACGCUUUUAUGCAUAGCGUAUGUGUUUGAGGUUGCCGCCCAGAACAGCGGCACUACGCACCACAUUUAUCGUCUUAUAAAGGAAUAGCAAGAGCUGCACGAAGCAGCGCCUAAUUUGUCCGCAAACCCCACCAAUGCACAAAUCAGCGAAUACAGCAGCAGCAGCAACACCAACAGAAUCAAAAAUACAAAUAAAAAUAACAAUAACAAUACGGUUAGUAGCCAACAUAAUAGCAAUACCAAUACCAACACCAAUGCCAACAAUAAUAGCAAGAAAACGCAAAAGUGUGCUAAAAGAGAUAUUACAAAUGGGAACGAAUCAGAAUUAGAAAAAACUAUUAAGCAGUCACAGUCACCCACCUCACCGGAGUUACAGCAGCAACAGUCACAGCCACACUCACAGUUACUGGACCAACAGCAACAACUUGACACGAUGGAUGCACUGCAGGUAGAAGAGGUUAUAUACGCACAGAGCCAAGCUGAAAACAUCUAUCCGUCACAACAACAGGAAGAGACAAAACUCGAACAUCAUCAGCAGCAGCAUUGCAUAAAUGCACAGCCGUUUGGCUCAUGCAUCUCCAGUAAAGUUCAGCACAUUGGGACGGAAAAGCUAGAGCAAAAAGCUAGCUUAAGCACAUAUGAACACUUUCUGAGGCUGUCCGCAAUGGAAUAUGGAGGAGUUACUGAAAGUGCAUCCGCGGCUCUAAACCUCAGCGGCAUUGGAUGCAAGGAACUCAUGUCAGGGUCUAAACCAUAUCUGGAAGAAUCACAAGAGUUGUCCAUGCAUCAGCAGGUAAAUGUAGGUGCAGAUGAGGGAGUGGUGGUCGCUGCUGAUGCCAAAGUUGUCAGCAAUCGAGAUGAGCCGUAAGCCAUAGUGUUGUCCAUAGUGUUGUUUUUGUUGUUGUGUUUAAUUAGCAGGCUCUAAUUCGUGAUCGGCUUACAUGAAAACCUGCUCAACCGGCAGACACAGUAAAGGCUAUAGAAUUUACAUAUAUCAAAUCUUUGCCCAAUCUUUUCUACCAUUUUCCUGGGCAGGCGACCAUGACUGAACUGAUUUCCCAAAUCGAAAACAGAUUUAUAUCAUUGUACAAAUUGUUCUGGUACAUUUUUGUAACCCUGGAAGGUUAUCCUUGAUUGGAUGCAUGUACGUUUGAUUUAUGUACAUGCAGAAAGAAAAUAAAUUCAAUUAAAAGAUGGUCCAACUUUAAUGAUUUUCGUACUCCUAUGAACAAUACAUACAUAGUAUCUUCUGAGAACCUGGGUCAACACCAAUCAGUUUGGGAAUCUUUCGAAAUUCCCAACACCUUAAAGCAAAGUAAAGUAAACACGUUGUGUCAUUGAAAUACAAAAAGAAACAACAAAGAAACGUUUUUAAAUUAACAAUAAAGAAUUACUGCGAAAGUAUUGAAGUGUGACUAAGAUUUCAAGCUUCACUGAUUCGACAUUUUUUUUUUAUAUUUUUAUUUAAAGCAAAGGUGUCUCGCAUUUUUGUAUUUGGGAUGGUUGGUAAUAUAUCUAACACCCAUAUUACGUGUUCUGUGUCGGCAGUCUGAUGUAAUUAAAUCAAUUUUUAACAUACAUUUACAUCAAAAAUACAUUUAAAUGAUCUCAAAGUUACUUAAAACAUAUUCUUGUUGUGUAAUUUGUUUUUUUUUUUUUUUUACGAAACCCCAAG